GGCGGAGGGAGGGAGGGACGGAGGGAGGAAGGGAGCCCUCGGUGCGGCCCUGCUCCGCCUCUGCCCCGCUUUCCGGGAGCGGCCCGCACAGCAGCGCCGGGGCCGGGCGGCGGAGGCGGCCCUCGCCGCGCCGCGGCCAUGGAGCCCAACCAGCUGCGCCUUUCCGCGGCCGCACGUGGCCAUGGAGGCUAUGAUUCUGAUUUUAGUGAUGAGGAGAGUGGAGAGACGUCUCUGCAAAAGACUAAAAGAACACAGGAAGAUGCCCUUCUGAUAAAGCCAUUCCAAAAAGCAAAACAAGGCAGUGUGGUUCACAGACAAUUUGCAGCUGAAGAAUGUGAUAGGGAAGAAGCAAGAAAAAGAAGAUUUCACUUGAUAUCGAUGGAUGCUUAUGAAAGACAUAAAAAGUUUGUGCAUGACUACAUUUUAUACUAUGGUGGCAAAAUAGAGGAUUUCCGAAGAUCUGGAGCAAAUGACAAGACGGAUCUUGAUGUUAUUAGAGAAAACCAUAGGUUCCUGUGGAAUGAAGAAGAUGAAGCAGACAUGAAUUGGGAGAAGAGGCUUGCAAAGAAGUAUUAUGACAAAUUGUUCAAAGAAUACUGUAUAGCAGAUCUCAGCAGAUACAAAGAGAAUAAGUUUGGAUUUAGAUGGCGACAUGAGAAAGAAGUAAUUUCAGGAAAAGGUCAGUUUUCCUGUGGAAAUAAACACUGUGAUGAGAAUGAAGGCCUGAAGAGCUGGGAGGUGAAUUUUGGUUAUGUUGAACAUGGCGAAAAGAGGAAUGCACUUGUGAAAUUGAGACUGUGUCCAGAAUGUUCCCACAAACUAAACUUCCAUCACCGGAGGAAAGAAGUCAAAACAUGCAAGAAAAGAGGCACAGCUGCACAGAACUCUAAAGAGCCAAAAAAUAAGAAGACAAAAUUAUCUCGUUCAGCAAAAAAGAAGUCCAAAAAAAAGACCCAUAAAGAUCAGGUAUCUUUAGAUGAUUCAGAUAGUUCUGAUAAAGACUCAGAUAAUAGCAGUGCAGAAGAUGGUCCUUCAAAAGCUGACACUCGGAAAGGUUCUCUACGAGAAGCAGAUAAAAAAUCACGGGAAGAGGAAUUUGAUGAGUAUUUUCAAGACUUACUUCUCUAAAACUUGCAAUUGGUGUAGGCUGAUUUUCUUCAUGAGUUGUCAAGAUGGAAGUCUGGAAAUCCAGUCAUAAUUUUCCAGAGACCUCUAUCUGCCAGCACACAUUUUCUACAGUCACUCAUAUGGACCAUUUGGGUGGAUUGUCAUUGUAGAAGGUUUCAAAACUAAAAACUCAAUUUCUUGUAGUGUACUCUGCAUACUCUUGAAACAAGAGAAAUUAUUUUUUCAGUUCAGGGCAGAAUAUAUAUGGCACUCAAACUUAAAAAACCAAGAAUAUAGUUUAUUUAUGUUAAAACAAGGGAUUUCACUGCUUUUAUUUUAUCCCAAACUUCAGUUAUUCCGAGAUUUUUGUAAAGGAGCAUUUUGUAAGAUUCUGUGAGUAGCUUAAAGCCAUAUACUUUAAUAUAUUUAUAUUUUUAAUUUAUUAAACAAGAAUUAAUAGCUUUAAAUUUAUUGGUUACUUAGACUUCAAUAUUUGGGUAUUAGUCUCUAAAUAUUUUCAAAUGCUAUUGGAGAAGUUCAAAUUUUGUCAAAUAUGUGUUCUACUUGAAUUAAGUAAACUGUAUCUGAAAUCUUUCCUACACCUUUAAAAAGUUCAGUUUAUUGUGACUUUCUUCUAAAUUUUAGUUGUAAAGUGAUAUGUCUUACAAUUCCACCUAUAAAAAUUUGGUUGGUUGGUGAAAUUUUUGGUGUAAAAAAUAACGUGUGGCUUUCUACUGAAGAUGUACGUGGCUUUUAUGUUACCUGUGCCUUCUGAUCUCCUUUCCAUUGACUGAACAUUAAUCCUUCUUUCACGUGUAAUCCUAAAUAUACAAAUAAAGCAUGUGUAUUGCUUGAGAAACUUACUGGAUUCAUCUUCUUUGAGUUGCAACACAUCUUUAAAUAUUCAUUUGGUCAUGUUUCCAAAGAAACAGUCUGCACGUGAAUAGGUACCAUGCCUAUAUUUUUUCUGUUUGGUGAAAAUUACUUUGGAUACAAAGGUCAGACUUUUUAAAAUUAAGUUUUCAUGUUAAUCUGAGGAAGUUAAUGUUUAUAAAAUAUAUUUUUGAUGAGUACUUCUCACUGUAGGUAUAGAAAGUAUUUAUUUCUAGUAAGUAUUGAUGUGGACAAUGUAACAGCAGAGAUAGUUGUAGUGUAUUUAUGAACAUUUCACAUGCAUUCAUAUGAAUAAGUUGAGAACUCUAUUUACAAGUAUUACUUAACAUAAUUACAUUUUAAACAUUUUGUACUUACAUAAUAGAUGACAGUACAAGGACAUAUUUAGGGCGUCCUUGAGUAAGAAAUAAACGUAUCCUUGCAUGAAGGCUUCUUUAGGUAAGAAGGUGGAUUUAAAGGUUAAUUCUCUGUCAUCUUGCGUCUUGCGAGCUUGGCUGAGAGUCAAAUCCAAUCUGCAGCAAUCUGCUUAAACGUGUGCAACUUGCCCAAAGGGGCUUUUGUCGACUGCGUUGCUAUAUUUGUUGCUUCAAGUAUUGCAUAUUAAGUAUGUGUUCUGAAUAACUAGCUUCUCCUUGGGUCUUUAAAAUACAGUUAUAAAAGUU